AUGAGUAGUUCUUAUACGACCAGUAAUGGUGAUACAGCGUGGGUGAUAGUAUGCGCUUGUUUGGUCUUUCUUAUGUCACCAGCUUUAGGCUUUUUCUAUGCGGGCCUUGCUCGUGCAAAAAAUGCUUUAUCCCUGAUGUAUUUAACCAUCUUAUCAGUAGCCAUUGUCUCUCUUCAGUGGUAUCUGGUGGGUUACUCAUUGAUUUUCUCAAAGACUGGCAAUAGUUUCAUGGGAGAUUCUGGUAUUGAUUACUAUAUGUUACAGGUUAUUGGAAUCCUACCUUGGCGAAGUUUACUCACAGAAAAGUUCUCGACAAUAGCUCACUUUUUGUUGCGUGGCGUGGGCUCAAAGCCAGCCUUUGAUGGGCAAACUAUUCCAGCGUCCGCAUUUAUGAUCUUUCAAGCUAUGUUUGCCUGUAUAACACCAGCAUUAGCUUUUGGUUCAGCUGCUGAGCGUAUGUCUUCUAGCAAUGGCUGGCUUUAUAAAAUGGGCAUUAUGGAUUAUGCUGGCGGGAUUCCUGUACAUAUUUCAAGUGGUUUAGCAGCAGUUGCGUAUGCCAUGGUUCUAGGGAAGAGACGUGAUUACCAUGAAAAUUCGAACAUACCUCAUAAUGUAUCUUUUGUUUUCCUCGGAUUAGCAUUAUUGUGGUUUGGUUGGUUUGCAUUUAAUGCAGGUAGUGCAUUGGCUGCAAAUGCACGAAGUGUUAAUUCCCUCGUAUGCACACACUUUUCGUCUUGUACAGCUGCUCUUCUCUGGGUUCUUCUGGAAUACAGUCAUACUCGAAAAUGGAGCAUUAUCGGUCUUUGCACAGGGGCAGUAGCUGGGCUUGCGACUAUAACACCUGGCUCAGGCUUUGUUUCUCCUUCGAGUUCCUUAGCAUUUGGUGUUGUGGGAUCUAUCGUCUGUUACGUAGCUAUCCAUUACAAGCAUAAAAUGCGCAUUGAUGAUUGCCUUGAUGUAUUUGGUGUGUUUGCGCAAAGAGACAUUAUUGCUUUGGGCUAUCCUGAAAAUACACCCUUGUCCGAAAUUCCUCUGGGCGGCUGGUUGGAUGGCAAUUGGAUACAGAUGCCUAUACAGCUAGCGGGGAUAGCUGUUGUCUCCAGUUGGUCUUUUGUGGUAACGUACCUCAUUCUCUUAAUAAUCAAUAAGAUUCCUCACCUGUACCUACGGUUAGCUGAUGAAGAUGAAAUAGUUGGAACGGACUGGGCUGAGAUGGGUGAACGGGCUUACGGUUAUAUAGCGUGGGAUGGCCGAAGUAUUCAUAAUUCGUCUUCAGACAACAGUUAUGGCAUUAACAAUAGCAACUCGCAAAUGAGCAACCAUAACAGUGAUACUGGGCUUGAAAAGGGACAAUCAAACACACUUAAUGGGAUGCUCGGGUUGAAUAAUCCUACCGCCGAAGAAGGUGUCCCUGGUCUGCAAAAAGAGCAUAUUUCUGAACUCAAAGUUAAUUCUGAGGGCUUCGGCACCUCUUCUGUUUACAAAUUAGCCAAAGGUUGUACGGGUGUCGACAUUUUCAAAAAAGAAACCAAUUGUCGUUCCUUUUCCGAAAGUAAAGAUUCAGUUAAAGUGUACAGCAUAAGUUUGCUCGCAGAUAACAAUACCUCAACAUUUCGUUACAAAAUUAUAUCUUCACUAACAGAAGCAGAACUUCGAAUGGUUAAAUUAGACGCCACAUAUACAACUGAAACGGUAUAUCCAACGUUGACAACUACAUCGAUUGAUUUGGUAUAUGCAACUGUCACUAGCGAAUCCGAGUCACCUAUCCCAACCUCUAAUGUUACUCCUUACCCUAAUUCAGACUUUGAUGAUUCUUGGGAGGAGAGAAUUACAAAAAACUACCCUUUAUUGCUUGGAUUUGGCAUUGCUGGUGCCCUAGUGAUACUAAUUUUCUUAUCUUGCUUCCUUUAUCGACUCUAUAAAUACGGCAGAAGAGUUUAUAAACAGAAUGUGCAAACUUCAGAUCUCUCUUUUUCCACAGUAGAACGUAACCAAGUUCCAGUGCCAACAUUUGGUCAAUGUCUUAGUGAGUCCUAUGAUAGGACUUUUCGUGACCAACUUAUGGUUGAGCCUUACCGUAUUAAUGGCAACGUUGCUAUUACCGGCAGUUAUGAUAAUAGCAAUCAUAUCAAAAACACUGAUACCAACCGUGUGUCUCAUGCGCGGUCGGCUAGUCUAGCCAGCCUUCAACGUUGGCUUGCCACUUUGUUUGAUAAUAAAACCUUACCGUCAUCUUUCUGCGAAACAGACAAUGACGAAAAGGCAUUUGAUUCCGUGAAGCUUCAACUCACGCGUGAACAACAGUCAAGGAUAAAACUGUACCAUCAAAAAGGGAAAAAGAACAGCUUGCCAACAAUUGAUAGUGGUAAUAAUUACGGCGAUAAAAGGAUGAGAAGCCAACAGGGUUCCUUUACAAAUAGACGGAGUAAUAUCUUUCCUCACAAUAACGUAAGCAUGAAAAAGAAGAAUGUUACCAUCAAUGAAGAAGCCGUGAUUAUCAAUGAGCAACUGACAAGUAAACAGGACAAACUUUUGUACGGUGGUAACAACACUUUUGAAAUUGAUACUGGUAGAAAAAAGAAAAGUUUAACUGAUGAUGAAGAAGAAAUGGCAGAACAGAACAAAGAGAUUGGAGAAAAAUCAGUUGUUUUCACUUGUGCUGGAGGAACCAUUGAAGAUCCAAUGAAUUUGCAAAGUCCCCUUUCACCUACCUUCAAAUUAGCUCCUAGGUCGCCGAUGAAGUUAGUUAAACGCGAUGAAAUUUUGCGAAACCCAAAUCGUCAACGUGGCAUAGAUGAAAUUGAGUUUGCGCAUGAAGAAAAGAUGAAGGGUAUUAUGCGUAACGCCUACAAUGACCAACUCAUUUCCAACCGACAGCUUACUGAACGGGCGAGAGAAAAGCAACCAUUAAACAAAGAUCAAAUGAACCAGGACAAGAGAUCGAAAGUGAAAGACGAACAGUAUCCUCUGUACUAUCAAACAAUAACUCGUCAACAACAUCAACAGAAGUACUUCGAAGAUUCUCGUAGCAUCAAUGGUAAAAGCACUUUUCCAGAGCAAAAGCGACCACAUCCUUCAGUUAGUACAGACCAAAGCUCUAAUCAUUUACGCCCUUUCGUCCGUGCAGCCGAUGAAUGGAGAAUAAACCGUACUGAAAAAUAUUGCCCUGAGUAA